AUGUCAGCAACGAACGGCCAUUCUAGAGCAAGCACAACUUCUUCCGCAUCCCCUACCCCGAUUGCUACCGCUUUCAUCAAAGAGAAGUCUACACAGACCUCUUCCACGCCUCGAGCGAGACAUCUAAUACAUCCUGCUUUGGCCUCGCCCCCCAAUUCCCCUCCUCGAGGAAUGAGUGCAUCCUCGCCCUAUGACUCGGUGAAACAUGUUUCUUCGCAAGCAACAAGCAGUACGCCGAAACGUGUGGCCAGCAAAGCUGGUGGAACGUCUGAUUUGAAGGGGACUGAUAUGAACGGUGGCAUGCCAGCACUCAAUCUCUCGCCCCGCAGCGUCAGCGGACCUCAUCCAAUUCAGGUUCUUGCCCAGACGACACCACGGUCCUCGAGCCGGAAUCCACAGGAAUUCCGAUCGACACCAUCACAUAACCCUUUGAUAAAUACACCUCCCAUUCCAGUUGCGUAUCCUCGACCUACUCCUGCUUUUACAUCGCCACCUUUAGAUUCUCUCCCUCGGCGAGACCCAACAAAGCGGACCAGUCGCUUUGAUGAUGCCGAUGGAGUGCCUCUGCCCGAAGGAGCCCAAGCGCCUGUGUAUGCUCUUACCGCAACGCCGGCUGAGAAAGGUCACUCCGAUACUCGACGAUCAGCAUCAUCAAGCCGUCGCAAUCACUCUGUCAAGGUGGAGAGGCGGACUGGCAUACCGGUAGAGGCAGUUAACAAUGCUCUAGCCGCUGCAGAGCCGCGAAAAGCUUCUCACAACAAUGUAGCUCCUUUAUCCCCUGCUACCAAGGUCAGAACACAUGAACAGCUCACUGAAGCUGGCGCAUACGCCAGAGCGAUAGCCGCUACCAUGAGCAAUCGGCAACCCGAGGAUCCGGUCAGCACACCAGUUCCGCAGCGACGUGUGUCAAGACCAUUACCAACUCCACCCAAUCCAAAACACAUACCCAGUAACUCUUCGAAAGCUAACAUGGUAGUCAUAGCAAGUAGUCCCAAACCCCUCGGGGCGCCUCCCAAAGUAGAGAGAAAGACUUCUGCAGGCGACAAUAUCCAGAUCAACGAAGCAACAGUCACUUUUUUGAAAACGGAUCUGCCUCGUCACAGCAAGAGAUCAUCGAGUCAACCAAUCAACUUUGACUUCCCACGUUCCCCUACGCUACCUCCAUUGCUUGAUCCUCGUAACAGCGAGAGCCCUAAAAAGGAUCCCGUUACUCAAUGGACGGGACCCUCAGACUCAACAAAAUUGACUCAUGACAGUACAUCUUUGCAUACAGUUCGAUCACCCAUUCAAGUGUCAUCGGCUCUUUCCAGGCGAGCGGUUUCUUCACCCCUAGCUAGUCCGAGUACUUCCUCAAAUCCCCAAAACAAUACACCGCAGAUGCAAGUUCCGGUUAUCAAUGCAAGAGAACGGGAUUUCCGAGAUAGGCCUAAAGCGACAAUUACAUUCAUCUUGCUCCCCGCGCAGAUUCAGGCCGCUAUAUUGCCGCAUUUGAGCAUAAACUCGUUCCUCUCACUGACAGGUGCAUCCAAUAUCAUUCGGAAACGAUUUACCGGCGAGAGCGUCGGUAGAUGGGUGAUGAAGGAAUGGGGUGUAGAAAUCGACAAGGCGAAGGGACGCACGUGGCCUAAUUUGACUGUUUGGGAAGGGUUCUGUGAGUUUCUUGCUUCAUAG